UAGCCCAAUCGACUGGGGUAGAAAAUUCGCCUCCCCAUCCCACCACCCAUCCGCGGAUCUCCCCGGGCAUUCCGCCGUUCUGCCUGCCUAAUUCCCCCCGCCCGUAUAUACCUCCCUUGUUCCCGAGUUCCCGAGUUCCCGAUGGCGGCGGACGCCCAGGCCGAGGGCCCCGCGCCCGCGGAGAAGCGCGCUCUCUCGGGGGACGGCGGGGAGGAGGAGCGGCGGCCGCCCGAGCCGAAGCGGGGCCGCGCGUGCGUCGCCGCGCUCGAUGGCGUCCCCGGCGGCGGAGCUGGAGGAGGUGGACGGGCCUGCCUCAGGCUGUGGGCCGAUGACGCGUCGUUCUCGUUCCAGCAUGCGCGGGCCGGGUUCGUGGCCCUGGAGACGACGCCCAAGAUCGGGUCCUUCAACCCGCCCGCGGCCGCACUUCCUAGCUUCUUUGAUUUGCUUUUACUAAGCAGUAAUCAUGUGGGGCAAUUAUUUGGAUUGUUUCAUUUUGUGCUUCAACUUUGGAAGGCAUAAUGCUCUCUGCAGUGUUUGGGAGAGUUGAAGCUGGAGAUGAAAGUCUGGACAGAUUGGGCUAAUGAGAGGGUGAUGCAGUCAACAAGUAGGCUGGUAAAUGAAAGGGCUGCUCUUUUAUCUCUCAAAAAAGGAUAAUGCAGAAGUUGAAGAGCCUGAUGUAUUUAAUAGAAAGAAGCUUGAGGAGACACAAAGGGCUCUAGACAGUACUUCUGUUGAGCUUGAUCGUGCUAAUUCCCAUGUGCUGGAGCUUACAGAUAAGAUUUCACUUUGUAGGCGUGAGAAGAAAGCUGCCCAACUACAGGGAAGGCAAUCAGAUGCAAGUUUGGCUGCCAUUUUAAGCAAGGAAAUGAGUCCAUGGAGAGACUGAAGUCUAUGGAGGCAGAGAAGAUCCUUCUGCAGAAGGAGCUUGCUGCUGAAAGGAAUAAACUGUCCAAAGUUCUAAAAAGUCUUGAGCAAGCUAGAGGAUUUGAAGGUAUUUCAAUUUGAUCCACCUUGUGCCUUCAAAUUUACUGUCAUCAGGUACAUAUUAUUUUGUUGGCUUUGUUAUACUCCCCGUUGACGCUCUGGACGUCGACACAGUCUCCAAAUACAACAUUCACAGCUACUUUUUACAUGAAAAUAGCGUCAAAAGUUGUAAAAAUUUUAUAUUAUGGAAAAAAAAAUCAUGAAAAAUCCAGUGAUAUUAUUUCCAUAUGACCAAUCCAAGUAGUUUGGUUUGAAUUAAUGGUCAAAAGUUAGGUUA